AUGUUCACCAACCAUUACGCAGCACUCCUGUUUAUCCUCUUCGUUGCAGAGUACAGUCAAUGCGACGAACAUGCCCUGAAAGAGGCUACGGCGGAAAAGAUCUGUCAGUACUCGCUCCAUGGUAAGACUCAGGCGCGGUCACUUGCAGCAAAACUACAAGCACUAGAAGGCAGCCUACAGCGCUACACCAAAGCAGGAGCACAGGUGACGUUGCUCCAACUUCACAGCUCCAGCUACGCUGAAGGAGCCGCGGUGCUAGGCUCCUUCAUUGCACAAAAGAAGCAGGAGACGCAAGCAAAGCUGAAGGCACUCAGAAAAGAUGCGCCGUUAGCAGCCGCAGCACUUGGCUACGGCGCAGGCAUUACAGAAGAAUUCAUAAGCCUCCUGAAACAGCCAGUCGCCGCCAACAGGGGCGACAACACCUGCACAAACCCCAAGAACGGCAACAACUUAGAACAAAGCAGCCUAAAUGGCUGCGCACCAUACGCCUUUUCUGACUCAACGUCGACAAGCAACUAUUUAACAGACUACGGCAGUGCUCCGUUCCCAACCGGCGGCGGACACUUUCAAACAACAAAAAACUGCAAACUUUUCCAGGCCAACUUGCAAACAUACCUAGGCGCGGACCCGAGCAACACAGACAAGAUGUCAUUCGGAGGAGGGAUUAUAGUGCUAGCGAAAAGCACGCCCCUAACGGACAGCAACGUCAAAACAUCCAAAACAGCGGUAAGCCACGUAAACAGCGUGCUUCAAGCAUUAGAAAAACUUAAGCCGCACCUACAAUCAGACCUUUCGCCGAGCCUAGACAGCCCGGAGGCCGUACAAGCGUUUCUCGACGGCAAAGCAAAAGAGGAUCUGAAGGACCUACUCAAACAAGCCGAAGGGAAAACAGCUGACCUGACUCCAACGGAGAUAGACAAUGCCAUCGACAAGUACUUCGGAAAAAAAGAUAGCGAUGGAAAGCGAGGAAUUAUAAAGCAGCUAGAGAAGGAAGACUUCAAGAUAAAGACAGAAAGCAGCACAAAACCCACGGCCCUUCUAGACAUGGCACUAGAUGACACUAUCAGACUAACAGCAGAAAAGAUUGUUGAGCUGAGAAAACAAGCAGUAACCUCAGAAAAACAAACGUGCGAUACCCCAGUAAACGCAGACGGCUGCAACGAAAUUAAAAUCGAAGAAGAUUGCAAUGCAACCGCAGCAUGUAGUUUUAAUAAAACAGAAACUGACAACAAUAAGAAGUGCAAAUUUAACGAAACAAAAGCAACAGCAAAUGGUGUCCCUGUAACACAAACUCAAUCUGGUGGAACAACGACACCCUCAGAUAGGUGUACAAAACACACUAAAAAAGAAGAAUGCGAGGCAGAAAACAAGAAUGCCAAAGCAGGUGAGAAAGCAGUUUGCAGCUGGAUUGAGGACAAAUGCAGAGACUCUAGUUUUCUCCCCAAUAAGAAAUUUGCUUAUGAGUAUAGCUGUCGCUUUAUGAAUACGGUAAUACUUUAG